CCCCCCAAAGUGUACCAUUUUUCAUUUUCAAACACAGGAAGCACGUGAGUUUCAGCCCCUUCUUCAACACUAUCAUGUGCACCUGCAACUUCCAUGAGUCAAUAAAUUACUCUUUCCUCUGAAAUCUUCUCAAUCUUCACUCACUCACUCACACCUUUUAAACUUCUUCAUCAUCAAUCUCCAAACCCCUAUUAUUUUUCUUCAACCUCAAAUCAUACAAUGUGGCAACUUCUGCUAGCAGCAGCAGUUGCAGCAUCUGGGUAUGUUGCAAGAAACAUUCUUUACAAAGAUCACAACAAACCCACAAAUCUUUUCUCACAUAAUCAUGAUUUACUCACAGAUUCACCAAAGAAUGCUUCUGAAGAAAUGUCACCGGUUUUUAGGUUUUGUAGUGCUUCAAAUGGGUCAAAGAAUGUAAGGAAGAAGGUGGGGAGGAGUGGUGGAAUAAAGGGUUAUCGGUUGAAUAAUGAAAGAAGAGUUGUUAAUGUUGAUGAUGAUGGUAAGAAGAAGUUUGGUGUUUGUUUGAAGAAGAGGCGUGUAGGGAGAAAUGGGUUUGCAAAGUGUCAGUCUUUUGAUGUUAAAGACAAAUCAUCUUUCGGUUAUGGAGUAGGAGUUGGCAUAAUGUACAUGAUGUCAGCCGGGAAAGCCGAAAUCGAGAGGCUAAAUGCAGCAGUAGACGAGACCGCUAAAGUUGUUCAAGAACUAAAAGCUGAAAUUUCCAAAAGAAAAUCAUCCUACGAUUCAAAGGUUGAAAAUACCGCCAAUAUCAAACAAUCUGUUUCCGAGAAAUCCAGUGAGGCGAACAAUAAUAUUGAAGUUUACGGUCUUUCCAUAAAUGAUGAAGGUGAAAAUGCAAGCAGCGUUAUAACAGAAGAACCGCAUAGAGAUGUGGUGGAAAUGGAGCAAUUAGAAGCCGAACUUGAAUCCGAGCUUCUAAAGCUUCAAGUGUCCACCACAUCGUCUUCUUUUCAGAACAAAACUACCGCUGAAGAUCUUGAUUUGGAAUAUAAUCAGGGUAAUGGUGUAAUGCCAUAUGAACUUGAUCAGAAACUAUGCCAUUUGUUAAUCGAACAGCAGGAAAGUCAAAUCGUUGACUUGGAGUCCGAAUUGCAACACACUAAUUCCAAACUCGUGGAGAAAGAAUCUGAGCUCCAAGCAUUAAAGGACUGCGUUAAACGCCUCAGUGACUUAUCUGUAACAUGCCCCUCAGAUGAAGAAACAGAAGGCGCGUUAGAUGAAGCUCGUAACAAGAUGAUAUAUGGUAACGGAAGAUCAAUGGCUGGGAUCAAAAGGGCAAUUGACUUUGAUUGAAAUGUUGUUGUGCAUAUGCUAACCUAGCUACAUUUUGUUCAAUGAUAAUACUGUACAUUUUUAGAAAUUUAAAUCUUUAUCAUAGGUAUUUGAUGAUGAGAUUUUAUGCAUGUAAGAGACUUUUUUUUUCUUUUUUACUUAUGGUUUUUAAGGAAUA